UACCGUUACCGUCAAAUAUUCUUGAGUGCUCUGUUCAAAGGUUACUUUAUCCGGAGCACAGUAAUUUCUGUUCGUAUUUAAUUGUUGAGAAUUAGUCACGCGUCGGGGAAACAGCUUUCAUUAUCUCUAUGCAUUUCGCUGGAGAUAAUAGUGAGAGAUAACGACCGCCCACGUUUUUUUUCCCCAAGUUUGAAAAUUUUUGUUGAAAAAGGAACAAAUUUUUCUUCGACAUUUCGUAACAAGGUAUGUUUCGGAUACCAAAAUCUACAAUGCCUACAUCUACUGCAACAACAAUUACAAAGCGUCCGAAACAGAUCCAAAAUUGUCUCUAUGCAUCCUAUGAAUGUACACAACCAUGUCUGGAAGGAUACUCAUAUUGCACUAAGCAUAUUCUCGAAGAUUCCAGUGCACCUUAUAAACAAUGUGCUUUUGUAUACAAUACCAGUGGAAGGAAAUGUCAAAAUCCAGCCCCAAAAUUGGAUAGAAGGGAUGUUUCAUACUGUGGUGAACAUUCUAGAAAAGCGCAAAUUGCGCGAAUUAAGUCUCUGUCGCGACGCUCUUUGCCGCAAACACCUGAGAUGCUAUUGCUUAAUUUAAGCCAUUAUGCCAAGCCCAUCGAGUCUAGUGCCGAAGAUACGGAAGAUGAAGGAGGGAAAAUCAGAGCUUUGGAUCCUUUCACCGAAGUUGAUGCUUACAGAGUAAAUGCAAGUGGGAGUGACAUCUUAGAUUAUGCCAGUUCGUCAGAGAGCGACGUCGAACCUACAGUCGUCAAUGAUACACUGAGAGGGGUUUAUCUUGAUGACAGCGACAAUGAAAGUUUACACAGCCCUCAGGAGGAUCCUUUAAAGCACGCCGGUAUUUUUACCGCGGAAGAAGUGGUCUAUAUCGCGAGGGAGAAAUUGAUUAGGCUUCAGUCCCUUUACAUCGAUCAAUUUAGAAGACUGCAGUAUAUAUUGAGGGAAAAAAGGCGAAAAUAUUUGCUAGCUCUGAAGAAAGAAAAGGAAACACUUUGUAGUAUACAUGAUCAAACUAAAGAGACUGCAAAAGAGAAGAAACUUUACGAAAAGUUAAAAGCUUUAAAUCGCUAUCAUAGACGAAGUGGCGCUGAAGCAAUACUUUAUAGGAAAUCAUUAGAACGUCGCGCACAGGUAACUGAACCAACUCAGAAACCGCCAAAUAUGUCCAAGUGCGUGUUUACUGAAGGUGGCGUGAAAUGCGGCGAAAGAACUCUUCCAUCGGCUAAAUAUUGUCGCAAACAUAUUCUAAAGGACCAACAUCAAGUUUUAUUCAAAGCAUGUGGAGCUGUACGGGCGGAUAUAGAGUGUCACGAACCUGUGCCCGUUAUUUUCGAUUCUAACUGUGUCUUUCAUAUGAAUUUGCCGCCAUCGUGCAAACUUGAACCUAUGAAGUUUGAAGAGGAGAAAUUUACGGCGCGGGAAAUGCCGAUAAUUGACAAUCAAUCGAUGGAAAUCGAUGUAGUGGGCGAACCGCAAGAAAUCGACCCUGAUGACGAUAUGGCAGGAUUGAUGAGAGAAAUGAACGACUCUGCUCAUGUAAAACCUUCGUUUGCAAAUGAGAGUUUAAACAGCGAGACUAGUACGGACACCGCGUUCAGUUUAUCGGCGCAGAUGAGUGAUCGGGACGAUUUUGUUACCGUAUGACAAAAUAUUUUUCUGUGAUUUUUGCAAUAUCUGUUAAUUUAUCGUUACUUGAUUGAUAAAAAAUAUCAGGGA